AUGUUGCUAGAGCGUGAUGUAUCUUCCAAGGAAGAGUGCAUUGGUUGACGUUAUGGCUCCACACGAGCUGAGGCGUUCCUCUUAACUUUAAUCGUAAUCGUUAAAGUACUCUUUUAUUUUGGGGAGGGUCUGGUCUGUGUUUUUACGGUUCCCAGUACGACAUGUUUGCAUCGCAUGGUAGCACAGGUGCAGACCUACCCUACCACAUCCCUCUGAUGGGUAGGGUGGCGUGGUCUUGGGAGGAGUGCAGGUCACUGAGAUCCCCAAGGCAAGUUUGGUGGACUAUCCUUCUCGAGGUUGCCGACCCCGUUUUUGGUCUAUUACCCUAUGUAAUAGACGCAACUGAAACCACCAAGCGAUUAAUUGCAGGGAUGGAGAGGUCAUGUCCUUGCAAGUUCAUCAUCCAAAAAGAUAGGAUGGUGGACAGUAAAUGACCUCCCGCGUGUUUGUGCCGUGCGCGGGGACCCGUACGGGGGGAUGAAGGAGUCCUGGGGGUUGAGUGUGACAGUGCGCCGGGAACAGUUGUGCGCUGCACACAACACGCCUCUUUGGUCUGGAUUUCUCCUCACACGGGAGGCCAUGGACUAGCUACCUGUGGUCAACCGGCUGCGGUAUCCCAUAAGCGGGCUACCAAGCGAGAGUCGGGGUGUGGGGGGGGGGCCGUCGGCGAGGCUCGGGACUCGGGGUGAGUUUGCGUCAUCGUCUCGUGAUGCGAACAGCUCCGUACUUCCUGGCAGCGUGCGGACGCGUCUGCCUUCCUACGCACUGGCUCUAUACCGGAGGAGUAGCUCUGGCGUUUGCUUGCUAAGCAAGUGACGCCCCCGACUGAGGACUCCGUGGCGGGUGGAGAGCUCUGACGGUGAAUUUAUUACCUAACACCUCAUGGACAAAGAGGCUUCAAAAACAAAUAAACAGAACAAAAACAAGGCCACAUCUAAGGAUGUGGUAUCUAACAAACAACACAGGGUUGCGUCUCAGGACGGGUCGCGGUGCAAGGCGCCAGUGACACGACACUUUGAUGCCCCUGUUUCUCACAAGGAUGCGCCAAUCCCGGCAGCGUCCAGUGAAUCGAAGGAAAGGGAAUCGACUGGGGACAAGCCAAACCGGGCUGCACCCAGGACCGUACCCAAUCCAUCAGAAACGACAAAACCACUGCACAGGGAAGCGUCCUCCGUCGCGGCUAGGUUAACUGCGUCGGUUGAGCCAAAGGAGGUCACUCUGGAUGAUGCAGCAGUACUGCAUGCGUCUGAAGGGGUGACAUCCACGGUUAGACCGAUGCGGAAUACCGUGUCUGAGACGGUGAAUGUACCCGGUGCAGCGUCCUCAACCAUGGACAUGACGGCCCUGAAAACCGCAAUACAGGAACCGACCAUGACUAUGGUUUUGAGCUCAUCAAAGAGGCGACGGCUCAACAGGGUCAGAAGGGCGGCAGAACGGCAGGAGCUGUUAGCUGCUGCUCAAGGACCUCCUGUUAACCCAAAACCAGCCCCUGGAGCUAGCAGAGCAACAGGUGGCAGGAGAUGGGAACCGAAGCCGACGGCGUCGAAUGCCGCGCUAAGGCCUGACGGCUCCAAGUGCAGCACGAGACCCGAAAACAGUAAAAAACCGAAAACCAACGAACGAGUGAAGGGCCAGAAACGUGUACGGCCUGAGGACUCAGUUACACCGACUGGGGAAAGGAAAAGGGUAAAACCUAACCGACCUCGAACGGUGGGAGGGACCUCGGCCAGUUACGCGGAAGCGGCGGCAGCAUACAAAACGAAUGAGUUCUGUGUUGCUGUAAUGACCGAGCCCUUCCUCGACAUGACCCAAGAACAGGCGGAAGCCAUCCGCCUACAAAUCCAAGGUAAGCUGCACGACGAGUUAAUGGCGGAUGUUGCAGCUCCUCUAACAGAAGAAACGAAAGACAUCAGGUUCCGGGGCAAAGCCCACUUCGCAGAUGGCGUCCUAAAAAUGUGGUGCGAGGACGCCUACGCGUUGAGGUGGCUGACCAGUACCUGCGAUGCCAUCACCAACCCUAUAACAGACACCAAACUGGUAGUUAGGCCUCAGUCAGCAAUCCCCAGCAAGGUUCCAUGCUUACUUCACGUCCCAGAUUAUUCUAACAGCACGGAGAACCUGAUGAGACUGCUUUUGAGGCAGAACGGCCACUACAACAUCAGAUCGUGGACUCUGACGCACGAGCGGAGAACGAAGGACCCGACAGGCGUCUCUCUCUUCUUCCGAGUGCCAGAGUCCGAGAUCGUAACGAUCAGGAAACAAGACAGGCGUGUUUACUACCUGCUGGGGAACAUUUACAUCCGCAUCCUGGAUAAGGAUGAACCCUCGCAGGUGGCUGACGCCCCGCCUCAAGCCAUUGCCAGCACAUCGGGGACGGUGACACCGAGGCCAACGCCUUCCACGUCACUGACGGAGAAGGCUGCGGAUGGCCGAGUGACCAAGACUCACGUUCCCAUGGAGACGGCACAACUAACAUCGGAUGAGGAGUUAUUUCAGGAGACCGGGGGGAGUGAACUCAGCGACAGCUGUCUGCGCUCCUCCCCUUCGCCGAACUGACCUCAUUCAAGCCAACCUCCAGCAUAGUCAAACAGCGUCGGCUUCCCUGCGCAGACUGCUGGAGACCAACCCCAAGACCAUCGCCGCGAUCCAGGAGCCGUGGAUCCGGAAUGGCAAGAUAUGCGGCCUGGGUAACACCGGUGGUAAAACCUUACUGGACACCCGCGGACCUCACAGUUGUUAGGUUACCCAGGAACGAGCUUCCAGACAUUGUCCUGGCGUCAGCCUACCUACCUGGCGACGAGGACGUGCCCACUCCGGAACUCGGUCUUCUAGCCGACUACUGCGAGAGGGAGCAACUGGAGCUCAUCAUAGCAGCAGACUCCAAUGCACAUCACAAGCUAUGGGGUAAUGCUAAUACCAACGCUCGAGGUGAGAAUAUGCUUAAUUUCAUACUUAGUAAUAAUCUUAUCCUAGCAAACAGCGGCUCAGAACCAACAUUUAUCAACGCACGUUCAAAAACCAUAAUUGACUUAACAUUGAUAACGCCAGGCCUGUCAGACCAGAUACAUGACUGGCAUGUGUCUGGUGAAUUAUCAUGCUCGGAUCACAGGUGGAUCCGCUUUGCAAUCAAAGGGGACCUACCUAAACCACAACCUAGAAGAAUACCUCGGAGAACUGAUUCAGGAAAAUUUCACAAACUAGUCAGCUCCGAGAUAGCAAAACUAACAUUACCAACAAUAAUUGAUGCACAAGACAUAGACAAACAUGCAAAUAACCUAACGUCCCUACUUCUGACAAGCUAUGAGCAGUCAUGCCCCCUCACCAUGCCAAGAUGGGGAGGCAAACAGAACUGGUGGUGCCCCGAACUGGAGAGACAUCGCCGGAAGGUCAGAAAACUGUUCAAUAGAGCGGGCAACACAAUGAGGCCUAGGGAUUGGGACAAGUAUACAGUCGCUAGGCGGCGGUUCAAGAAACUUCUUCGUACUAGAAAGCAAGAGUGCUGGAGACACUUCUGCACUAGUAUUGAAAACAACAACCAGGCAAACAGAGUGAAAUCAUGCCUCUCUAGGGAAACCUAUCACUCGGUCGGCUGCCUAAAAAAACCUGACAACACAUAUACAAAAACUGACGAAGAAACAUGUGAGCUACUGCUGGCGACUCACUUUCCUGGCUGUACAAUUGCCAAUGAGCAGACAUGGCAGAAAUACGCGGAAAGAGCAACCGUCAACUCCGACUGGCAGGUAGCUGACAAAAUAGUCACAAGAGAAAAGGUAACAUGGGCGAUCAACUCUUUUCUUCCAUUCAAAGCUGCGGGCUUGGACGGGAUAUUCCCAGGCCUACUAAGAUGGGGUGGGAGCCUUGUAGUGGACUAUCUGGUGCCAUUAUUCCGAGCCUGCAUAGCUCACCGCUAUAUACCUCUGAAAUGGAGAGAAGUAAAAAUCAUUUUUAUACCUAAACCAGGAAGAGAGGACUAUACCCAAGCAAAGUCCUUCAGACCCAUCAGUCUCACAUCAUUUCUCCUCAAAACACUGGAGAGACUGGGAGAU